UAGAAUAUUAAAAAUAUUAUUAUGGUGCGUUCAAGAACCAGGAAACUACCUUUGGUCCGUGAACGCACCAUGGAUUUGUUGGUCCUCCAGCAUCCCACAAUGCACCGCUGCCGCUGCCGUGUCCACGUCGAAGCUGAUAAAGAGGCUGCAGUCGAGCUGGCACUUUCCGGGGGGGUCGCCUGUGUCGCUUGUGUCGCUCGGAGCGGCUGAAAAACGGCUCAAGUCCCGCUGACACCGCUCACACGACCCGCGGAGGACACGGAGGAGCUGCGGGGACAGGCCGGGGCCGGAGCCGCUUAGCUCGGAUUCCUUCAGACAGCUGUUCGCUAGCCGGGCUCGGUCCGCCUGGAAACACUCACCGUGUGUCCGAGGAUUAGAAGUUAACGGCGUCCCGGGGGUCCGCAGACCACACUUUGAGCUUCAUGACCGAGUUGUCCCACCUGGAGUCAAAGCUAGGCUAGCUCGGCCCUCCGCUCUGUUGUUGUUGUUGUUGUCCGUGAACAUGUCAUCGUGGCUGGGUGGACUCGGCUCCGGCCUCGGUCAGUCUCUGGGCCAGGUCGGGGGCAGCCUGUCCUCCUUCACCGGGCAGAUCUCAACCUUCACCAAAGACAUGCUGCUGGAGGGGGUGGAGGAGGUCGGAGAUGCUGCCACACAGUUGCAGGUUUCCAAUUCCAGGUUGGCCGAAGUCGAGGCUGCGUUUGCUUCACAGAAAUCUGAGUAUGACAGAUUAAGAAAGCUCCACGCAGAGCUCGAGGAGAAGCUGGAGGCAUCAGAGAUCCAGAUUAAAGGACAGUCUGCAGAGUACAGAACCCUCCUGCAACAGAAAGAUGUGGAGAUCAGUCACCUGAAAGCUCGUCAGAGCGGACUCCAAGAAGAAGUCCAGAAGCUGCAGCGGUCGGCUCAGUCCGCCUCCGUCGGCCCCGCGCUGCUGCCGGUCACCACCACCUCCUCGACCACUACCUCCUCUUCUGCUUCCUCCUUCCUGUCGCGGCCCUCGGGGUCUCACCAGGGCUUCCACGGAGGCGACGACAUGGACCUCAGCGACGUCAUCUGGUCGCAGCAGGAGAUCAACCGGCUGUCGACAGAAGUCACGCGCCUCGAGGCCGAGGCGGCUCACUGGAGGCGGAUGUCUCAGACAUCAACAGCGGCAGGAGCUGGUAAUGGCGACCAGGGUGAAAUUCUCAAGCUUCAAAGAACUAUUAAGGAUCUGCGAGAGGAGAUGAGUCGUGAGGUGGACGAGCACCAGCACGAACUGGCCGCUCUGCAGGACGUCCAGCGGCAGAAGAUGGCCGACAUCGCGCGGCGACACAGGGACGAGUUGGCAGAGUACGAGGAGAGGAUAGAGGAGCUGGAGGAGCAGAUUCACAGCGGUGGUGGUCAAGCCUCUUCCGCCCCAUCAGAUUCCUCCAAGCUGCCCGAACUCCAGAAGACCGUAAGCCCCCUGCAGGAAGCGGCAGAUCAGCGGGAGAAGCAGCUGGCCGAGCUGUCAGCCAGGCUGGAGGAGGCGCAGAGGAGACAGGCCGAGCUGCAGCUGGAAAAAGACGACGCCCAGGAAGAGAACGCCGGGCUGCUGCAGAACUACACGCGGCUGCAGGCCUCCGUUACCGAGCUUCAGACCCGGGUGCAAGAGCAGGAAGGGAAGGCGCUGCAGAAAGCCCAGCUGGACCACGAGAUCCAAGUGUUGAGAGCAAACCUCGCAGCAUCAGAAAAAGAAAUAGAGAGACUGAAAAGCCUGUCUGAGGCCGAACCAAAGGAAGAAGUUGAGCAUGCGGACAUCUUAGAACUGAACACUAUUAUUGGGACGUUGAGACAAGAAAAGGAAGUCCUGGAACAAGAAAAGUUUGAUCUGCAAGAAAGACUAAAGAUGGCAGAGGAACAAACAGUUAGCAGUGAUGCAGCGCAGCCUGAUGAGUCGGUGGAGUUGGUGGAGGAUCUGAAGACGGAGCUGGAGAGGAGGGAAAAGACCCUGAGAAACUUCGAGGAGGAACGGGACACGCUGAUGUCUGAGCUGGAGGAACUAGACCAGCAAAACCAGGAAGCGACACAGCAUAUGAUCUCAGUGAAGGAGCAGCUGAAGGAGGCCGAGGCGGCACUGACGAGUCUGACUGCAGAGCUGAACACAACCAAAGACAAGAACAUGUCACUGAAGCAAGAGCUGGAGACCCAAAAGGAGAAAAUGAGCCAAAGCGCUUUCACCCUGAAUGAACUGCACAUGGGCAAGCAGCAGUUGGAAGGGACAGCGAAGGAGCUGAGAAACAAACUAGGACACGCACAAGAGCACAACAGAGAGGCACGCAAAGAAAUCACAGAGCUGAAGAAGACUCUGCGGGAGAGAGAGGAGGAGCUGUCUGCCGCCAAAGCGGAGCUAGAUCGGGCAGGGGAUAGAGGAACCGAGGCACAGGGAACCACGGAGAAGCUAGCAGAGAAAGAGAGGGAGGUGUCGGACCUCAGAAGAGAAUUGGAUGAGAUGAGGAGCUCUCAGGAGAAGGUGAAGUCCGAGGAUUAUGAGUUGAAGAUGGAGAACAGACGGUUGAAGGUGGAGAGUGAGCAAGCUCUGGGUAAAGGCGAGGAACUAACCAAGCAGAUGAAGGAGAGCCAAGCGGCCCUGAACAGGACCGUGCGGGAGAAGGAAACACGCAUCGAAGCUCUGAAGCUGGAGAAAAAUCAGCUGGAAAGUGAGCUGAGGCAGGCCGAGAGCACGCUAACGGAACAAUCCAAACAGUACCAGCAGACCAUCGAAGAGCUGACACGAGCCCGCUCUAUGGAUGCCUCCGCUUUACAGAUGGAGCACGAGCGAGCCGUCAAACUCAACCAGGAGAAAGACAUGGAGAUCGCUCAGCUGAAGAGAGACAUGGAGCAGCUGGCGUCCGACCACAGAGACACCAACGAGAUGCUCUCCAUCACGGUUGCGGGGCAGAAGCAGCUGACAGAUUUACUGCAGGAGAAAGACGUUUUCCUGGAGACUUUAAAACAAAACGCUUCCGACUUGCAGGUGGAGCUGGAGAACCGCAUCGCCGUCGUGACAAAGGAGGCGGAUGCUCUCAGACAGGCACUCGAUGAGAAGGAUAAACAGUUGGGGGGUAUGAAGGAGGAGAACAGUCAUUUGAAAGAAGAGAUCGACCGGUUCAGGGAUCAGCAGAGCAGACCUCAAUCUCUGGCUGAGCCCAGGACUUUAGACAUCAUCACAGAGCUGGAGACGGAGAUCACCCAGCUCAAGUCCUCCAGGAAUGGUCUGGAAGAGGAGGUCCAGACUCUGAGGAGAACCAUGGAGGAGCAACAGGCCUCCCUCCUUCUGUCGCAGCAGUCCCUCCAGGCUCAGCAGACUGAGCUUGAGCAAGCUGACGCUCGCCAUCAGCAGACCACGCUUAACUACGACAGACUCAUCCAUGCCAGAGACGAGGAGAUAUCCCGCCUCCAGGAGACGGUGGAUCGGCUCAGUGAGAGUCGGGGUCCUGCCGACUCCCCUACUCUGCAAGGAGACAUCAUCCUGCAGGAGGAGAAGACCCAGACGCUAAAUCAGGAGAACGGCAACGAGAAACACGACCUGUCUAAGGUCGAAAUAGAAAAACUGGUGAGAGGCAUCAAGGAGAAAGAGACUGAGAUCAGCCAGCUGAACGAGAAGAACCUCUCGCUGACCAAGCAGCUGGAUCAGCUGGUGGUGUCUCGUGAUGAAGUGGGCAAACUGUCCCAGAUGAUCCUGCAGAAGGAUCUGGAGAUCCAGGCGCUUCAUGCCAGAGUGUCCAUGGGUGUAGGUGGCGGGCACAGCCAGGAUGUCAUGUUCCUGCAGCAGCAGCUGCAGGCGUACGCCGUGGAGAGAGAGCAAGUGCUCGCGGUGCUUAACGAGAAGACCCGAGAGAACAGCCAGCUCCGCUCCGACUACCACCGUCUCAUGGAUAUACUGGCAGGGAAGGAGGCGGCCCUGCUGAAGCUCCAACAGGAGAACCAACGUCUCUCCAACAUGAGUGAUCCCUCAGGAAGCCAAGAGAUGUUCAAGGAGACCAUCCAGAACUUGUCCCGCAUCAUCAGGGAGAAGGACAUAGAGAUCGACGCGUUGACUCAGAAGUGCCAAACCCUGGUGACCGUCCUGCAGACCUCAGGCGGAGAGUCCGGCGCCGGCUCCGGAGGCGUCAGCAGCAACCAGUUCGAGGAGCUGCUGCAGGAGAGGGACACGCUGAAGCAGCAGGUGAAGAAGAUGGAGGAGUGGAAGCAGCAGGUGAUCACCACGGUGAAGAACAUGCAGCACGAGUCGGCUCAGCUGCAGGAGGAGCUGAUCAAACUACAGGGUCAGGUCUCUGCUGACAGCGACUGCAGCUCCAAGCUGACGGUGGACUACACCCGGCUCAUCCAAAGCUACGAGCUGAAGGAAAGGAGGCUGGGAAGUCUGAGUCAGGAACUGGCUCAGGUCCAGCAGACCAUCACUCAGCUUAGCACCACCAAGGAGGUCCUGAUGGGUAAACUGGACAGUGUAGCACAUACUCCUGAAGGUGUAGUCGCUCAGUCUAGUGCCCCUUCUCUCCAGGCUGAUGCUCCAAGCCACGACACAUCUCCAACAGUAAACAACGAGAAACUGCAGGAAGAACUUGUCCGAUUGCAGACUCAGUUGGCUGAGCGGGAAAACCUGAUCAGGACUAUUCAGGAGAACAACCAACGACUCUCCAACUCAGCGUCUGCCUCCGAGAGUGAGCAGAGAAGUCACGCUGAGGAGAUCCGGCAGCUUAGAGAGAGACUGGACGCCCUGCAGAGGUCCGUGAGGGAGAAAGACCUGCUCAUCAAAACCAAAGGCGACCAGCUGAGUCACAUCAGCGAGGCGCUACGUAACCGCGAGAACGACAACGAGGUGCUGAAGCAGGCCGUGACCAACCUGAAGGAGCGCGCUCUCAUUCUGGAAAUGGACGGGAGGAAGCUGAAGGAGGAGAACGAGCUGGUGGCUGCGCGCUCUCGAGAGAAAGAGUCGGAGUUCAGAGCGCUGCAGGAAACCAACAUGCAGGUUUCCCUCCUGCUGAGAGAGAAGGAGUUUGAACUGAGCGCGGUGAGCGAGAAGGCCGCAACCGUGGAGAAGAUGCUGAAGGACAAAGAUCAGGGUAAGACUGGAGAGCUGAAUCAGCUCCUGAAUGAAAUGAAGUCCAUGCAGGAGAAAGCUGUGAUGUUCCAGCAGGAGAGGGAUCGGGUGAUGAUGGCACUUAAGCAAAAACAAAUGGAGACCACUGCAGUGCAGACUGAGCUUCAGCAUGUGCGGGAUAAAGAACAGCGCCUCAACUUGGAGCUGGAGAGGUUGCGUAAUCACCUCUUGGAGAUUGAGGACUCGUACACGAGGGAAGCGCUCGCAGCGGAGGACAGGGAGACGGAGCUGCGCAGGAGGGUGGCACAGCUGGACAAGAAGCUGGCCACGUCCUCGAGCGCCGUGGAGAAUGCCAGCCAACAGGCCAGCAUGCAGGUGGAGUCUCUGCAGGAGCAGCUGAGCGGAGCGGUGAAGCAGAGGGACGACGCGCUCGCCCACCUCAGGACGUCUCAGGAGCAGGUCAACCAGUAUGCGGUGUCGCUCUCCAACCUGCAGAUGGUGCUAGAGCAGUUCCAACAAGAGGAGAAAGCCAUGUACUCUGCUGAGCUCGAGAGGCACAAGAAGGAGAAGGAGGAGUGGAAAAGGAAAGCUGUGAGGCUGGAAGAUCAAGCAUCGGCCCUUCAGAUCAACCUCGACGAAGCCAACGCCGCCCUCGACUCGGCGUCCCGUCUCACCGAUCAGCUCGAUCUGAAGGAGGAGCAACUCGAAGAGCUGAAAAAACAAGUGGAUGUGAGACAGGAGAUGUUGGAGGAGGCGCAGAAGAAACUGAUGAACCUCCUGAACAGCACAGAGGGGAAGAUAGACAAAGUCCUGAUGCAUAACUUGUUCUUGGGAUACUUCCACACACCUAAAACCAAGCGUGCCGAUGUGCUGAGGCUCAUGGGAAGCGUUCUGGGCCUGAGCAGAGAAGACGUAGAUAAGAUGUUGGACGAGGAUAAUCGGCACGGUGUUAGUGGAUGGGUGUCGAGCUGGCUCGGAGGAAGAGGAGCCCAAAGUGUCCCGAACACUCCCCAGAGGCCGACGAGCGGCCAAGGGCUCAACUCGUCCUUCUCAGAGAUGUUCGUAAAGUUCCUGGAGGUCGAGUCGACCCCCUCACUUCCCGCACCAAAGCUUUCAGUCCGUGACAUCAAGCCUCUGGGCGCCCCGCCUCCGAGAAGAACCAGCAGCGCCGCUUCCAGCACCGCAGCAGGAGCUGCAGCUGCCGGCAAGAGAGCCGGCGACUCCAACCCUUUCCUGGCCCCUCGCUCCGCCGCCGUGCCCCUGCUGGGUGGUUCCGGCUCGGGCAGCUCGGGAGGUCACCUGCUGAUGAAGCCCAUCUCUGAUGCCCUGCCAACCUUCACGCCUGUGCCGGUCUCAGCCGAGGCCAGCGGCGGAGCCGUGCUCAAAGACUUGUUGAAGCAGUGAUCGCUCCCGUAACAAGUGCCAGAUAGACAUCUUAAUUCAACACGAGUUUUACACUACACAGACGAGAUAUUUGAGCAGUUCCGCUAUUUAUUGCUGCUCGUUUCUUUUCUUUUCUUUUUUAAAAUAAACGAGCAGAGAGUUCAUGAAACAUUAAUAUUCCCUUUUUUGGAAGGGGAUGAAGCGCUUUUUCUUUCUAGACUUGCAAUUACUGUUCUAUGCAACAGAGUCUCCCUUUAUGCAUCAGCUCCAGUGUUUCCCCACUCAGCAUUUAUUGUUACAUGUUGAAAAAUGAUCAAUGAAAUGAGUCCACGUGCAAAGAGGGUGCAGGACGAGAGUCUUUUCAGGUCGUGGGUCGCUCAGAGUGAGAGUAACGCACAGAAACUGUCUUAGAUUAAAAGUUAAAUUAGUGCUGAACACGAGUGAGCUCGUACGCUCGACACAUGCAGCUCGACACGCGCGGCCUCCGUUAAUCAUCACCUCCAUUUGCAAAAGGAAACAUGUCCUUUAGCUUCCAUCCUCUUUGACUUGCAUUGAACAGCUUUCCUUGUCUUUUUUUCUUCUCCUUCUUCUUUUCAACAAUGCAGUGAAUUGUUUCUGAUCCAGGACUUGCCUAAAAACUCUGGCAGCAGUAGCCUGCGUAGAGAUUUAUGUGGUUCAGUACAUCUGUUAAAACCAUAAAGACAUUUUUUUGCUAAAUCUUGUCUUUUCCAGGCGGCCAGACUGUGAUAUGCAACCAGCGUAAUUAUGGCUGUGACUGUGGACUGUGGUUGAUCAGAGGCUUGAGACUGCUCUCAUGUUUAAGUACAGUACUAUUAUAUAGUUAUAUAUAUGUAAAUGGGUGGCGUUUGUUUUUCCUAUUUAUGGGCACUGAGGAAGUUUUGGAAGUUAAGUGCCUGCAUUUUUUGCUAAUUAGAUAGUUGUAAAAUCAGGAUUGUAAAUGGUUAAUAUAAAUAUAUAUAUUUACAAAGUGUAAAAACUGCACAUUUAAAAAGUUUUACCUGACCAGAGCUGAGCCAGACGUGGAACUGUGCUGCUCUGCAUUUUUGUAUAGACAUCAAUCAGCCGCUGCAGAAGGAAUGUUACAGGGUCUCUCCAGGUGUGGUGAUAAAAUGUAUAAAAUGUAAAUCCUCACUGUAAAACAUUUUUCUUUUUGUAGACGUGAAAUCAGAAACUCAGAUGUGUCAAAAAGAGAAAAAAAGGAUUCGGAUGACCUUGACCUUGGAUGAUCUUCAGCCGAGGUUACAUACCUGUGACUUAAUUGGAAUCUAAAUCAAAUAAAGGUGACUGCUGACCCUUCA